CCUUGGUUAUCACUUCAAAAUUCUUUUCUUUUUUCCUGGAACUUUGGCUUUUAAAUUUUUAGUUUUUCUUAAAAAUGUCUAAAGGCACGGGACCCUUGUCUAAGUUGUACAAUAUUACCAUCAGUACUAUUGAUAAAUUUGUUCCAGGCGCAGUUCAGCCACUUUGGCAAUCCCCAGCUGGACCCCGUACUGUGUUUUUUUGGGCACCAGCGUUUAAAUGGUCCUUGGUGCUGGCUGGGCUGAGCGAUACGCUAAGUCGUCCUCCUGCCAAUAUAUCGCUGAAUCAAUGCGGCUCCUUGGCAGUCACGGGCUUAAUUUGGUCUCGCUACUCAGUGGUUAUCACACCCAAGAACUACAAUCUUCUGGCCGUCAACAUAGCCGUCUUUCUCAUCCAGGGUUAUCUAAUGGUCAAGCACCUAAGGUGGCGCAGCGAGAACUCUCGGAAUGCGGUGUUCAAUCAUUCGCACUACCCAAUCAAAUCAGGAGAUGAUUGGUAGCAAGAAAAUCAAUUUAUUGAAAGUUGGCGUUAUUUGAAAUCAUCUGAACUUAAAGUCGCAUUAACCGAAAGUUAAAGUCGUUAUAGACUGAAAAACGGCUGUUUAGUUAAUCAAAAAAGAUAUUACAAUCUAUAAAGACAGUUCUGUGCCAAUAAAUGCUUACCAUAUUGAAUUACUCAAUGAGCAAAUCCGUUUAAUUAUUUAUAAAAAAGAUUAUCCAAAAAUGAUUGAACCUGAGAAUGAGACUUCGGUUUCUUUAAUGACCAACCCCUUGC